GUGGGCGGGAUGUAUCUGUUAUGGGACUGUUGGUGCGGGGUGUUUUCAGAAGCUAGCUAAUAUAGAUUUGUGGCACACGAUCUGUACGUUUUUAUUGUAGAUAUACAUUUUAUAUAACAAUCAUGACGUCUACCAUUGAUGAUAGUGACAAAGAAAAGGCCCUCUCUGUGUCUGUGGACCUAAACAACGACACCUCUCUACUCAUCGACAUUCCUGAUGCACUCUGCGAACGAGACAAAGUCAAGUUCACUGUCCACACCAAGACCACCCUGAGCUCCUUUCAGAAGCCAGACUUCUCUGUUCCUAGGCAACAUGAGGACUUUAUCUGGCUCCAUGACGCUCUGGUUGAAACUGAAGACUACGCUGGGCUCAUCAUCCCUCCAGCGCCCCCGAAGCCAGACUUUGAGAGCGCCAGGGAGAAGAUGCAUAAACUGGGCGAGGGAGAAGCCACCAUGACCAAGGAGGAAUACACCAAGAUGAAACAGGAGUUAGAGGCUGAGUACCUGGCUGUUUUCAAGAAGACUGUUCAAGUCCACGAAGUAUUUCUGCAGCGUCUAUCUUCUCACCCCAUCCUGAGCAAGGACAGAAACUUCCAGAUAUUCCUGGAGUAUGACCAGGAUCUGAGCGUACGGAGGAAAAAUGCCAAGGAGACGUUUGGGAGUUUCUUUAAGAACAUGGUGAAGAGUGCUGAUGAGGUCAUCAUCUCAGGGAUAAAGGAAGUAGAUGAUUUCUUUGAGCAGGAGAAGACCUUCCUGCUUGAUUAUUCGUCCAAGAUCAAAGACUCCACUGCCAGGGCGGAGAAGAUGACCCGCUCCCACAAAAAUGUUGCUGAUGAUUACAUCCACAUCUCUUCUACUUUGAACAGUUUCUCUGUCGAUGACAACACAGCACUUAAAAAGCACUUUGAGAAGUUAUCUGACCUGUUUGAGAAACUCCGGAAAGUGGAGGGUAGAGUGGCGUCGGACCAGGAGCUGAAGCUCACAGAGCUGCUACGCUACUACAUGAGGGACAUCCAGGCAGCCAAGGACCUGUUGUACAGACGGGCCAGGACCCAGGCAGACUAUGAGAACAGUAACAAGGCUCUGGAUAAGGCCCGGCUGAAGAGUAAAGCUGUUGCUGCAGCGGAGGACCAACAACAACAGUGUCUGCAGAGGUUUAACAAGCUUUCUGAGUCGGGGAAAAGAGAGCUGACCAGUUUUAAGGGCAGGAGAGUGGUGGCUUUCCGGAAGAAUCUAAUAGAGAUGGCUGAGCUGGAGAUUAAGCAUGCUAAGAACAACAUGUCUCUGCUGCAGGACUGCAUUGAGCUUUUCAAGAGCAGCUGAGCCACUGGUCUCUUACCAACCCUCCCAGACCACUGACCAGCUGGGCUUGGCGCCAGUCUGUUUCUGCUCUCUUGCCGACUCCUUGUGCAAAACCGUGACUGGAGUAGGAAAAAUCACAAACUGGAUUUGGGACCAGGAUACUGACCAGCAGAAGGGAAUCUGGAUACCCCUCCUCUCCACCCCACAUGUGUCAAACUCAUUCCACGAUGGAUUUUCGCUCCACCCUUGUACUUGAUUGAUGAAUUAAGGUCACUAAUUAGUAAAGAACUCUCCUCACCUGGAUGUCUAGGUCUUAAUUGAAUGGAAAAAAACAAAAACCCGCAGCCACUGGGCGCUCGGUGGAAUGAGUUUGACACCCCUCUACUCCUGGGGGAACCUGGAUACCCAAUGCCCUCUACCCUCUUCCUCCAGGGGAACUUGGGUCGUGUUCAUUAGGUCACACAUUUGAAAGACUUCCCUUUGCAACGAGAACAAAAAUAAACAUUUUUUUAUUGGACAAGAUUAGAUAGUUCCUCCCUGUUUCACUGCGGGGAGGAGUUUCGUGCCUUGAACCCGAUCCUGGAUACUCCCUUCCUCCAUCCCAAAAAUGCCACUUCAGAAACCUGCAUGUGUCUGUUAUGACUGUUUUCUGCCUGGAUGUUUAGUCUCUGUCCACCUGCCCCUCUGUGUCUCCUUCUACCCCCUCCGUGUCUCCUUCUACCCCCUCCGUGUCUCCUUCUACCCCCUCCGUGUCCCAUGGAACACUCCCCCUUUAGUGAUGACAGCAUUCCAGAACGGGGAGAAUCCAGCAUCCUGUCCACCUGCCCCUCCGUGUCUCCUUCUACCCCCUCCGUGUCUCCUACCCCCUCCGUGUCCCAUGGAACACUCCCCUUUAGUAAUGACAGCAUUCCAGAACGGGGAGAAUCCAGCAUCCGGCACCAUCUUCUGACCUUUCUCCUCCCAUCUGUUUUUCAAUCGUGGGUCAUCUGAAUCGUGGGUCAUCUGAAUCGUGGGUCAUCUGAAUUAUUUGUAUUGUGGAUGGAUUACGCUUGUUCUUGUGUUGGAUUCUCUAUUUUGUAACAAUGGACUUUUUUCUGGAUUACGAUCAUGUUUAUAAUUGUUUUGGUUGCUUUUCAAGGCACGUGCCUACUAACCCUGUUACGCCCCUCACUUGUACCUAUAAAGAAAGAUAGAAUUGAGGUUGAAUUUGGUCCUAGCAUAACAGUGAAACUAGGCAGAGUGGAGUCACAGUAAUCUGGUGUUUUUUAAUGGUGCAUGCAUUAGCUAGCUAUAAUGGAAUAGUUAGGUUUUCUCAUUGCAACGCCACUUUAAACCAUUCUCUAAUACCAGUCUGAAGGGUGACUGCUGAGCUCAGCUGCUGCCUCUCUGGUUUGUAAUGGAACAGUUUACAGGAUCUUUUUAGACCACGCUGUAGCAAAAAUGUUUUACAAUGGAAAACUUAAACAAUCGUUUCUUAUUGGACAAGUUCAGAUGGUCCCUCCUUUUUUUUUUCAGUUUUUUUCAGUUUUGGUACCUUAGUGAAUAGGACCCAGAUGGGAGCAACUGCUUACAAAGAGUAUAUAAAGUGGAUGGAAAGUGCCUAAAUAAAGGUUAUUGUAACUGUC